AAUCUCUGACUCAAUUCAAAAUCAUUAAUACUAGAGAACUUGAACCUGAAAAGUAAACCGAAAUGCUCAAAAACGUAAGGAUAGGAUUGAGAAAAAUACCUGAACCGGCCAGACAACACUAAACAAGAGGGUGAUCAUCCCCAACACUAAAACCGAACCGGACCGGACCGAGUAAAAUUUGCACUGAACCGAGCAAAUUAAGAUUUAAAAAUUCUCUAGUGGUUAACCUUAAACCGAGGAACAAAAGUUGAUUUGAUCCGGCCCAUGGCAUCGUAGCCCAACAGUAAAAUCCCAAGAUAAAUGAACCUUCACAUGUGGUGGGUGAUAGACUGAUAGGUUAACGCAAGAAGAUCAUCAUCAACGUCAUGGACUCCUCAUCAUCAUCACAAGGGCUUCCAGUGGCUGGGAGGGUUAAAGAGUACUACCGUUAUCCAGCCAUGGAAGCUUUUCACAAAGGAUGUGUCCGCCGUUAUUUUGCGGACGUGUUGUAUGAGAUGGUGGAUGAUCCUUCGACGGAUUCUAUCGUGUCGUGGAGCCAAGACGGUAAGAGUUUCAUCUUUUGGGAUCAGGACAAGUUUUGCAGCGAUGUUCUUCCCAAGUUUGGGCUUAGCACGUCUCCAACGUUCUUUGUUCGCCUUACAGACAUCUAUCGUUUCCGUAAAGUUGAGGAGUCUGAGCACUGCGAAUACGCGCACGAUUACUUUGUGAGAGGCAAACCUGAGCUUACGGUGGAGAUUGAGAGGCAGUUCAAGGAAAGGUGUGCUUCGGUUAAGCUUGACAUCAAACCACCAGAACCGGGUUACAAGGAGAAAAGGGAGAGGAUGAGGGCUCUCAUGCUGGCCCAGAAAGCGGCCAGGAGACUCUCUCUUAAGGAAUAGACCAAACACCAAUCUCUUAUGUCUUUAUCUUAUUAUUAAUAAAAAAUACUCUGAUGCUUGCUUGUUUGUGUCUUCCUGUUUUAAACAUCUAUCUUUAUGUUUUUUCGUGUUUUUCUUUUCUAGAAUGUGCAGAUUCCGCCUCCCAAUCUUGUGAUCAUUACUCUGUUGAUUAUAAUCUGAUAUUUUGUUUAUCUU